AUGUCUUACACUCCAGGAGUUGGUGGUGACCCCGCCCAGUUAGCCCAGCGUAUCUCUUCCAACAUCCAGAAGAUCACGCAAUGCUCUGCGGAAAUACAGAGGACUCUGAAUCAACUUGGAACACCUCAAGAUUCACCUGAAUUGAGGCAACAGCUCCAGCAGAAGCAGCAGUAUACGAACCAACUUGCCAAAGAAACAGAUAAGUACAUUAAAGAGUUUGGAUCUCUGCCCACCACCCCCAGUGACCAGCGUCAAAGGAAAAUACAGAAGGAUCGCUUAGUGGCUGAAUUCACAACAUCGCUGACAAACUUUCAGAAGGUGCAGAGGCAGGCUGCUGAGAGAGAGAAAGAAUUUGUUGCUCGAGUAAGAGCCAGCUCCAGAGUAUCUGGCGGUUUUCCUGAGGAGAGCUCAAAAGAAAGGAAUCUUGUAUCCUGGGAAAGCCAAACUCAGCCUCAGGCUCAGUUGCAGGAUGAAGAAAUUACAGAGGAUGACCUGCGCCUUAUUCAGGAGAGAGAGUCUUCUAUCAGGCAACUCGAAGCUGAUAUUAUGGAUAUUAAUGAAAUAUUUAAAGAUUUGGGAAUGAUGAUUCACGAGCAAGGCGAUGUAAUAGACAGCAUAGAAGCCAACGUGGAGAAUGCCGAGGUGCACGUCCAGCAAGCAAACCAGCAGCUGUCAAGGGCGGCUGACUAUCAGCGCAAAUCCAGAAAAACCCUCUGCAUCAUCAUUUUUAUCCUUGUUAUUGGAGUUCUAAUUAUCGGUCUCAUCAUAUGGGGAGUGAAAGGCUAA